UGCCUACUUUCGAUUUGCAUGUGACACAGAUUACACAUGAUACAGACGACAACAGAAGUAAACUGGAAAUGUUGACUUUUGUUCCAAGUAUAUGCGUAUUUUCCUUUUUGACCUUGUUGCAAACUCGUUCAAGUUUUCAGACAUCAAGUGCUUCAAUAUUAUCCAGACUUUAUUCACAAAAACUAUCGGUCAUUGAUGGUCAUUUCGGAAAAUCUUACACGAAUCACACAAAUGAGAAUUUAACAGUCAUAUACAAAUUCGAAUACAAAGAAAUAGAGAAUAAGUUUCUGCCACAUAUUUCCAGAAAUUGGACAACAGCAGUUAGAAUCAGCAUUAAACUUCUAAAUACAGCAGACGAAGACUUUCCGCUACUCUUUGUUGCUAGGCAACAGAGAGGAGUAAUAUCAUGGCAGCUCCCACUACCUUUAGAAAAUAUCUAUGAAUAUGAGUAUGCCAGUAGAACGUUAUGUCCAUUAGACCAGCGGCAUAGGAAGGCAGAUAUGAAACAAGUUAUGUAUGCUGAAAUAUCAUCUAUGAGUGUUAAAAAUUUAAAUUUUUCACUAAAAGCCAGUAAAAUCAGUGAUUUUGAAUUGAAGCCAGGAGAGGUAAAGAAUUUAUCACUAACACCGUCAGAGCCACAAUAUUAUAUGUACACAUUUCCAAGGAAUAUAGAUUCUGUUAUUGUCAAGGUUGAGUCUGGAGACAGGAAAUGUAUGGUGUUGUCUGUUCAAGAUAUACAGUGUCCAGUAUUUGAUUUGGAUAAGGAUGUAGAAUUCUCUGGAACGUAUCAGACUGUAACAAAACAAGGAGCUAUUACAGUAGAGAAAAAGAAGUACAUGGAGGAAUCUUUCUACAUUGUAUUGGUAAUGAAACCAAAAGAUUAUGAAUGUAAUGGUAUAGAUGAAAUCCAACUGCCUGGUGAAGAAAGAACUAAACAUUUGACAGUCAGAGUAUAUGGCACCAUCAGUAGUUCUAAGUAUUGUAUUGGUAUAGUUGGAGCACUAGCUAUAUUUGGUGGAUUUUACCUGAUAGCCUUUAUGAUUGGAUGCUGUUAUCAUGGAUGUCAAAAGAAUAGAGGGGUUUGGAUAAUUGAAGAAGAGAAAUCAGAAGCUGAAGGAGAGACAGAAGAUUUACUUAACAGAAGUAACACAUUACCAGGAUCAUAUGGGUCAACUACAGGCAAUGAGAGUGAUGUGAUGGACAGAUCUUUACAUGAGAUACAGACACCCAGUAAUACUACUGUAGACACAGAUUCUGUAGAUUCUAGCAUUGAUUUCCUGCCUGAUGCUGACAAGGAGAAAGAUGUAUUUAGGACAAAGACUAUUUUGUUUGUUGUUGACCUUGCAAGAAAAAGUAGGAAAAAGGUAGCCAAGAGUUACAGUUUAUUUUGCAGAAAUUUAGCAGCUAUUUCCAUUUUCUACGGCCUUGCAGUACUGCAGUUGGUGUUAACCUAUCAAACGGUACUGAAUGUAACAGGGAACCAGGAUAUAUGUUACUAUAACUUUGACUGUGCCCAUCCAUUAGGUGCACUCACAUCCUUCAACAAUGUAUUCAGUAAUGUUGGGUACAUACUACUGGGAAUUCUAUUCCUAUUUUUGGUGGCUAGAAGGGAUGUUAUUUAUAAAAAGGCUGUACAGAAAGAUAGAAAAAUUGGCAAGGAGUUGGGUAUACCACAGCACUUUGGACUGUUUUAUGCCAUGGGAUUAGCUUUAGUUAUGGAAGGAUUGAUGAGCGCUUGCUACCAUGUUUGUCCUAAUUAUUCCAAUUUUCAAUUUGAUACAUCAUUUAUGUACAUUAUUGCCUGUCUAUGUAUGUUAAAGAUUUACCAAUCCAGACACCCAGAUAUCAGUGCCAAAGCUCAUACUUCUUAUAUGUUUAUGGCCUGUGUUAUAUUCAUUGCUGUGAUAGGAGUGUUACAUGGCACCGAGUCAUUUUGGAUAGUGUUCAGUACAAUCUACAUGGUGGGAACACUUAUUAUGAGUGUGUACAUAUACUAUAUGGGAAGAUGGAAGCUAAAUAGAGAAAUAUUUAUACAUACAUGGGUACAGAUUAGACAGAAUUGUUGUGUGUGUCCUCGUCCAAUGUACAAGGACAGAUUUAUAUUCCUUGUGAUAGGUAACAGUAUUAACUGGAGUAUUGCUAUAUUUGGUGUAGUAACACGUCCAAGAGAUUUUGCUAGUUAUUUAUUAGCCAUAUUUAUAGGAAACCUAAUGUUCUAUACUGUUUAUUACACCAUAAUGAAGCUGCGGCACAAAGAGCGUCUCCAUCCUUUACUGAUUUUCUUUGUUGCCUGUGCCAUACUUUGCUGGAUUCCAGCUUUAUAUUUCUUCUUUGCUCAUUUGACAUCAUGGCAGUUAAAUCCAUCACAGUCUAGAGAAGGGAAUCAGAACUGUAUGUUGUUUGAGUUUUAUGAUUCUCAUGACAUAUGGCAUUUCCUGUCAGCUAUUAGUAUGUUCUUUUCUUUUCUUAUACUUUUGACAUUAGAUGAUGAUCUAUUUUCAACCAGAAGAGACAAGAUUCCAGUCUUCUGAUUGGCUAAAAAAAUUCCAAGAUGACAUUCUGAAAGCUGGCACAUGCCAUAGGGACCAAAUAUAUCUAUGGUGACAUUCCUUUAAUAAGCAUGUGACAUACACAAAGAAGUGAAUCAGUGUACACAUGAAGGCAGUUACUGACUUGUUUAGCGUAGUAUAAGAAUCUGUUAUAUAUUCUUGGAGUAGCCUGGGCUCCUGGAAAUAUCUGUGCUUUCACACUGCUUUGCAUUGGUAGUAAGCUAGGAUACCAGUGUAAUUCAUACUAAUCGUUGAUUUUCUGGAGAUCAGAAAAAACAAGAUAGUUUCAUGAUAACUGAAUAAAUAAGAUACUUUCAAUUUAAAUACAGUUUUAAUAAUUUGUAAUGCUUUUAGUUGUAAUCUUAAAUCUUACUAGAACACACCCGUGAUAUCGCGGGUCCGUGACUGAAUUAAAGUAUAUAACUAUGCGCAAAGCCUUAUUUUAGUAUUAGUAAUGUCAUCUGAUAAAGUCAUGCCAAUUCUAAGAUACACAGUUUUCUCAGCUUUCAAAUCUUUCUGUUUGAACUCGUCGAACUGGAACUUAUCAAUUACUGGUAAUAUUAACAAAAGGUCCUGGAAUGGAGUAUUUUUUUAUCAACAACAUUUUUCUAUAUUAGUUAUAAAUAAAGUUUAUUUGAUUCGCUGUUUUAAGUCAUGCCCAUGCCACUAACAAAUUGAAAACUGUACCUAUAAUGUAUACGCCUUAUUUUUAGUCCAAAUUUUUUUAUUUGUAUUGUUAUCUUAGAAAGUCUUACUGAUUAAAAUACUAAAAUAGGUAACAAUUUGACAAUUUAGUAGUGUCAAUCCUGUGAUUAUGACCCGUGUAUAUAGCAUAUUAAUCCUGAAUACAUCGUUGGUGGUGCGCCUGUCAGAUGCAAAACGUACAGAUAAGGUAAUAGGUAACAGGUGAAUAUACUAUAAGUAUCGGUAUCGGACUUGACCCGGAACUUCUUAAUUAUUGGCAAUAUUAAUAACGUGGAAAACAAAAGGGCCUGAAGUGGAGUAAUUUUUAAUCUACACCUUUGUACUAUAUUAGUUAUAUAUAAAGUUGAAUUCUUUGAUUCAUGGUUUUUACGUGAUGACGGCUGACAAAUUGGACCUCGUAAUUUUAGUAUUAUAGAUAAUCGUUGUAUACUUGUAAUAAAACUAAACUUUCCAUAUUUGUUUCCUACAAAACUACAUAAAUUUGAUUCCUAUCAGCCAAUAUUAUGUUUUGUCAUAUUGUUACACACAUUAGCUUUAAUACUUAGAAUUACAAAUGAUUGGUCUCUAUUACAAAAGGGAAAAGUGGCUCAGGAUUUCUUUUUACCUUUUUUCAGUUGGCAUUUUUUGUAUCAAGUCUUGUAUAAAUUGACUUCAAGUUUUCAGGUGAAUUGUACAGGGUAUAAGAGCUUUUACUUCAUUAAAAAACAACAUGUAAAAAUAUAAAGUGAUACAAUCCUCAAAGCAUUUGCCAUUGUGUGUCUUCAUUUACUUAUCAUAAAAUGACAACAUAAUAUUUUUUUAAUUCUCUAUGAACUUAUCAUUUAUGACAUAUUCAUGCCCUCUUUGUAUAUCUGUCUCUUAUAUUUUGGAUGAAUAGGAUUGUUGACUUUAGAUUAAAUUAUCUUUGUAUAAGAUGAAAACUAAAAACCAACUUUUUAAAAAAUAAUCCACAAUAGGACUUUGAUUUUCUUGAUAGAGUAUUCAUGGAGUUACUGCUCAAGUUUUGCUCAUGCAAAAUUCAUUCAUUAUACUUUUUUUCCCCAAAAAAAGUGUUUUUUAUUAAUUUGAUGCAAACAUUAUUACAGUCAGAUUGUAUUUUCAGUGUCACAGUAUUUAUUUAUAUUCAAUAUAUGCUGUUUCUAUGAAUUGUAUCUGUUAAGAAAUAAAUCAUUCUAAAUCCUUUAUAUUAAGAUAUGUUGCGAAUAUAAGUUUUGGGGAAAAUAUUGUUAUGCCGCCAAUAUGUUUUAUAUACUUGUCUUUCAUUUUUCAGCAUUAAAUAUAUUUAAAUUGUUGAAAUUAUUUUCAUAUCUUAAAUUCUUUAAUAUAUUAUACUUUGUUUAU